CUUCCUACGGCAUUAUUGGCUUCCUACCCAUCUUUGCCAUUUGCACCCACCAUUGACCGUCGCUGAAGAACACUGCUUCCGCCGGAUCUGAUGGAGGCGGUAGAGGACACCUACGUGGAGGCCGCGAUCCUAUGGCUGGCGCAAACCAUCCUGACGAGCCUCUUUGCUGGCAAGCUGGAGGCGUGGCUUCGCCAAGUUGGGCUCGCCGACGACACCGAGAAGCUCAAGUAUGAGAUCGAGAGGGUCGAGACGGUGGUUGCUGCUGGGAAGGGGAGGGCGACCGGGAACAAGCUGCUGGCCCGAUGUCUCUGCCGUCUCAAGGAGCUGAUGUAUGAUGCUGACGACGUGGUCGACGAGCUCGACUACUACAGGCUCAAACACCAGGUCGAAGGAGAUCCGACUGCUUGUGCUACUGAGCCCGAAAGCACGGACGGACAUGGAGCAGAGCAAGCAGAUGGAUCGAGGUAUAAUCCGGACACGAUGAGUAGCAGCGGUGGCAAAAAACGAUCCAAGGCGUGGGGAGAAUUCCGUAUCACAGAAGAGGUCGACGGAAAGCCAGCGAAAGCAGAGUGUAUCCACUGCCACACAGUGGUUAGAUGCGAGACUAGUAAAGGGACAUCAGUCCUGCACAAUCAUCUCAAGAGUGACAGUUGCAAGAGAAAACGUGCAGCGAUCGAACAAACGCCGAACCCAAGUGCCGGUGAUGGUGCACAAAAUGGGGCCACUGUUUCGAUUCAUGAUUCAGACAGCAGAAAAAGAAAGAGAAUUGAUGAGGCGUCAGCACACAACACGGCAGCUAACAAAAACCCCAGGAACAAGGCCGAAUUCUGCAAUAGAAUCGAACAAACGACUAAUCAGUUAAAAGAGGCUAUCAGUGAGGUUCAGAAGCUAUAUGGAUCAGACUCCGUUGCAAGUACGAAUGUCUGUAAGAACACAGCUGCAGAUCCGCGCCGAAGAACAUCAAGUCUUGUUCAACGCAAAAUGUAUGGGAGACUUGCUGAGAAGGACUCCAUCAUGAAGCUGAUGACAGAAGACAAAUCUGACAGUGUACUUGUUUUGCCUAUUGUAGGCAUUGGAGGAAUCGGGAAGACAGCUCUUGCUCAACAAAUAUACAAUGACCCAACUGUGAAAAGCCAGUUUGACCACAGGAUAUGGGCUUGGGUGUCUAACAAUGUAGAUGAAGUGAGACUCACAAGGGAGAUGUUAGACUUUGUUUCUAAAGAAAAGCAUGAAGGAAUAAGCAGCUUGGCCAAACUUCAGGAGAUCUUGGAGAGUCAUGUCACAUCAAAUAGGUUUCUACUUAUUUUGGAUGAUGUCUGGGGCACCAUGGAUGAGCACACAUGGAACAAACUGUUGGCUCCAUUGAAGUCUGACAAUGCGAAGGGCAAUGUGAUUAUUGUGACCACUAGACAAAUAUCUAUUGCAAAAAGAAUAGGCACAGUUGAACCGAUUAAGUUAGGUGGUUUACAGGAUGAUGAUUUCUGGUUAUUAUUUAGAGCAUGUGCAUUUGGUGAUGACAAAUACGAAGGACAUCCAAGUCUAAACAUCAUCUGUCGGCAAAUAGCAAAGAAGUUACAGGGUUACCCAUUAGCAGCAGAAACUGCAGGGAUGCUAUUAAGAGAGCAUCUUACCAUUGACCAUUGGAGUAACAUUCUAAAGAAUGAAAACUGGAAAUCCCUAAAACUCAAUGGAGGCAUCAUGCCUGCUUUGAAGCUCAGCUAUGAUUACCUACCUCACCAGUUACAACAUUGCUUCAGGUAUUGUUGUCUGUUCCCCAAGGAUCAUCACUUUGGUGGAGCGGAGUUAGUCCGAAUUUGGAUUUCACAAGGAUUUGUGGAUGGUAGCCGUACCAGUAAAAGUCUAGAGGACACAGGGAAUGACUAUUUGGCUCAUUUGGUGAACUCAAGCUUCUUUGAGCAAGUCAAAUGUUACCGGCAUUCUCAGGAAUGCUUUAUCAUGCAUGGUCUUCUGCAUGAUUUAGCAUGGCAGGUUUCAAGAGCUGAAUUCGGGACUAUAGAUGGCUGCGACCGUGAAGAAAUCUUACCAACUGUGCGCCAUCUAUCAAUAGUUACUGAUUCUGCUUUUUCUCAUGAAAAAAUGGAAGAAAAGCCGCUGCAGGUUGAAUCUGUGAGAAAGCUGAGGUCCUUGAUAGUAAUUGGCAAUUAUGACCCGUCUUUUUUCAGAUACUUCCAGAAUAUGUUCAAACAAGCAGAAAAUUUACGUUUGCUGCAAAUCUCUGCAACUUAUGUUGAUUUUGUUUCUUUCCUGCACAAUUUGGAAUAUCGUACCCAUCUUCGCUACCUAAAACUUGAGAACAAAGGGAGCGGCGAAGCUUUGCCAAUAUCUCUGAGCAAGUUUUACCAUCUUGAAGUAUUAGAUACUGGACACCCAACUAUAGUUCAUGGUAUGAAUGAUCUUGUCAGCAUGAGGUAUCUUGUUGUGACAAAGAGAGCAUACUCUUCUGUUACUAGUGUUGGUGAAAUGAGCAAUCAUCAAGAUGUGCUGAAUAUCACGGAUCAAAAUUCUAGCUGCUCUGAGAUAACACAACUUCAAUCCAUGAACAAGCUUGUACAACUUGGUGUGUUUCAACUCGAAAAUGUCAGUAGUGCCGAGGCUUAUGGGCCAAAACUUAGAGAUAAACAACACUUGCAAAAGCUGCACUUGUUUUGGAACGAUACUUUGUCACAGGAUGGAUAUGCUAGUGACACAAGCUUUGAACCUUUUGGGGACAUAGAAACAGAAGAGGACAGAUCGCCAAUUGAUGAUAUUAACAAUGACCAAAGUUCUGAACCUUCUGCAGACACAGCAAGAGAGGUGCUUGAGGGCCUUGAACCACAUCGCAACCUAAAGCAUCUACAGAUUUCUGGGUACAGCGGUGCUACCUCCCCAGGUUGGCUUGGUACUUCAGUUUCCUGUUUGCAGACGCUUCAUCUCGAGGAUUGUGGAGAAUGGCAAAUACUUCCAUCUCUGGGAAGGCUAUCGUUUCUUACAAAAUUGAAGUUAAGGAAAAUGCAGAAAGUAACAGAACUAUCGAUUCCUUCACUGGAGGGGCUGGUGCUGAUUGAAAUGCCACAGUUAGAGAGAUGUUCCUGCAAUUCCGUGAGGGAUUUCAACUCUGCUUUAAGGAUACUGAAAAUCCAGAGAUGCCGUGUACUGAAGGCCUUUCCCCUCUUCGAGAGCUGCAAGGAACACAAAAUCGAGAAGAAAUCAUGGUUGUCCCAUCUUAGCGAGCUUACCAUCCAUGAUUGUCCUCAUUUAACGAUAUCAAAUCCUCUACCACCUUCAAGUAGCGGUUGUAAAUUAUCCAUCGCGAGAGUUUCAACACUUCCAACGAUGAAGGGAUCAUCCAAUGGAAAAUUGAUAAUUGGAGCGGACUCUUACGAUGGAGAAUUUGAUAAGGAUUCCGAUGGACUGACAAACCUGGACGACAAAAUUGUGUCAUUCCAUAAUCUGAGGGACCUGACUCGCUUGCAAAUAGCAGGGUGUCAAAAUCUAUCGUCUAUUUCACUCGAAGGUUUCAGGCAACUCAUCAGCUUAAGGAGUUUGGAAAUAGUCAACUGCAGAAAACUUUUCUCUUUAGUUGUUCUGGCAGAGCAUACCCAUGAAUACAUGGCAGACGCAAAUUUCAUUGCCCUCCCAUCUCUCAAGCAUCUCAGUAUUGAUUCAUGUGGAAUAACCGGGAUGUGGCUAACUGUGAUACUAAAACAUGUAUCACGAUUAGAGGAGUUGCAUUUAGAUAAUCUGAAUAUAUCAGGGCUAUUGAUAGAAGGAAAAGAGAGUGGUUUAUCACAUCUUGAGGAAUUGAGUAUUAUUCGUUGUAGAUCGCUCACCGCGCUAGAGGGUUUGGAUUCCUGCACAGUACUGGAGGGAUUGAAUAUUUAUGAUUGUGAUUCGCUCACCGCGCUAGAGGGCUUGAAUUGCUGCACAGCACUAGAGCAAUUGGAUAUUAGUGGUUGUAAUUCUCUCACCGCGCUAGAGGGUUUGGGUUCCUGCACAGCACUGGAGAGAUUGUAUAUUUAUGAUUGUGAUUCGCUCACCGUGCUAAAGGGCUUGGAUUCCUGCACAGCACUGGAGGAAUUGGAUAUUGGUAGUUGUAAUUCGCUCACCGCGCUAGAGGGCUUGCAAUCCCUCCUAAAAAAACUACAAAUAUGGGAGAACCAAAGUUUGAAAUGUCUACAGCUGGAUUCCUGCACAGUUCUGGAGGAAUUGGGUAUUAGUGGUUGUAAUUCUCUCACCACGCUAGAGGGCUUGGAUUCCUGCACAACACUGGAAGAGAUUAAGAUUAAUAAAUGUGGAUCUCUCACCGCGCUAGAGGGCUUGGAUUCCUGCACAGCACUAGAGAGAUUGUGUAUUUAUGAUUGUGAUUCGCUCACCGCGCUAGAGGGCUUGCAAUCCCGUCUAAAAAAACUACAAAUAUGGGACAACCAAAGUUUGAAAUGUCUACAACUGGAUUCCUGCACAGCACUGGAGGAAUUGGAUAUUAAUGGUUGUAAUUCGCUCACCGCGCUAGAGGGCUUGCAAUCCCUUGGCGGUCUCAGGUAUUUGAAAUUAUCGGUCUGCCCUGGUUUACCUCAAUGUUUGGAGCAUCUGUCAAGGCAGGGCUAUGAGCUGUACCCUCAACUGGAAAGGCUUCAGAUCGAUGACUACUCUUUCCUUACUAAGUCAUUCUGCAAGCACCUCACUUCCCUCCAACGCCUACAAUUCAACGCUUUGUUCAGCCAAGUUACGAAACUAACAGAUGAGCAGGAGAGUGCGCUUCGGCUCCUCACGUCCCUCCAGGAGCUCGAUUUUUGGAAUUGCCGGGGUUUAGCAGAUCUUCCUGUGGGUCUCCACAGCCUUCCCUCCCUCAAGAGGUUGAAGAUCUCCAAUUGUGGGAGUAUCUCAAGACUGCCACAAAUGGGCCUCCCACCUACGCUGGAAGAGUUGGAUGUUAGCUGGUGCAGCGAUGAGCUAUCUGAGCAAUGCAGAAAGCUAGCAACAAGCAAGCUAAAGGUCAAAAUUGAUUACUGAUUACAGGGUGGUACAUGAACUGAUUACUGGGUGGCUUGUUAAGCACACGUUUCUACCUGAGCAGCAGGUAUGCUUCUACCGUUGAUCAUAUUAUCUUCGGGCUUUGCAUAUCCUCAGUGAGGUUAAAGCAAGAGAGAGCGCUUCAGCUCCUCACGUCCCUGCAAGAGCUCCGAUUUGAGUGUUGCUACAAACUCGCAGAUCUUCCCGCGGGUCUGCACAGCCUUGCCUCCCUCAAGAGGUUGAAGAUCGUAAAUUGCCGGAGUAUCGCAAGACUGCCACAAAUGGGCCUCCCACCUACGCUGGAAGAGUUGGAUGUUAGCUGGUGCAGCGAUGAGCUAACUGAGCAAUGCAGGAUGCUAGCAAGCAAGCUAAA